UUAAGAGACCAAAGUAGAACAAUAUAGUAAUAGACAACGUUAUGUGUUGAAUUAUUGGAAUGUCCAUGUGAACUUUUCAUCACUUUCUUACUUUUAUUACUACUUGCCAACUGUCUUAUCCACACAUGUGAUUUUCCAUUGCCAGAAAGGUACUCAAUCUCUAAAAAAGUUGUUCAGGUUGAUUCUCUCUGCAGCAGUUUGAUUGUGUUUGACAAAAAUGGCAGAGGAGUUGAUAUUGUUAGAUGAAUGGCUUAGUAUGUUUGGUAUGAGAGCAAGGAUAGCAUUGGCCGAAAAAGGGAUAAAGUAUGUGUACAAGGAAGAGGAUCUUGACAACAAGAGCCAAAUGCUUUUGCAGAUGAACCCAAUUCAUAAGAAGAUUCCAGUUCUCAUCCAUAAGGGAAAACCCAUUUGUGAGUCUAUAAAUAUUGUCGAGUAUAUUGAUGAAGUUUGGAAUGAAAGUGUUCCAUUUCUACCCUCAGAUCCUUAUCAGAAAUCUCAAGCCAGAUUUUGGGCUGAUUUUGUCAACAAAAAGGUUGGUGAUGUUGGGGGAAGGAUAUGGCCUGGACGGAGAGACGAGAUUGAAGUGGCAAAAAAGGAGUUGAUUGAAGGGCUAAAGGAAUUGGAGAUUGUGCUUGGAGACAAGCCUUAUUUUGGUGGUGACACAUUUGGGUAUGUUGAUAUUGCUUUGAUUCCUUUCUACACUUGGUUUUAUACUUAUGAGGAGUUAUGCAACUUCAAAGUUGAGGCAGAGUGUGAUAAGCUGAUUGCUUGGGCAAAGAGAUGCAAACAAAGGGAGAGUGUUUCCAAAUCUGUUGCUGAUGAGAAAGAGGUGUAUGAGUAUGUUGUUAACUAUAGGAAGAGGUUUGACUUGGAUUGAGAAGAUUCUUUGGAAUCUGUGAGAGAAAUUGAAUUUCUUGAAUUUGGCUUUUCCUAUAGUGUCAUGUCUUGUUGAUUUCCUUUAAAAUGUUUUCUAAUAAUGUUUUGGGCAGCUGAUUUCCUACUCUGUUGCUCUAUGGUUCCAAGCAGCCUCAAAUAUGAUAUAACUUUCAAAUC